CCUCCAACCAGCAGAGAGCAGCAGCCUCUAAACAGACAUUAAAUGAGAGCAGAAGAAGAGUCUGCUCGGUGCAAACAACAGUCAGCAGAGAGUCGGGAACAAGAAGAAGAAGCAGUUUCUGAGUGUUAGCCGCUCAGGUGUUUAAUGUAACCACGUGUUCUGAGUAUAUUAAUGUGGUAUCAGUGAUAUUUUAGAUCAAUAAGCAGCAGACAUGCCUUACCUGGGCGGAGAGGAGACGGUGAGGGAGCUGAAGAGAUCUCUGAGUAACCCCAACAUCCAGUCAGACCAGCUGAGGUACAGGAACACCGUCCUAAAGGUUAUCAGGGCCAUGUCUCAGGCUGUGGACGUGUCCAGCCUCUUCAGUGAGAUGGUGAAGGCGUGUGCUACAGUAGACAUCGUCCAGAAGAAACUGGUCUAUGUCUUCUUGUGUUCCUACGCCACCUUGAACCCAGAGCUGUCUCUGCUGGUCAUCAACACCCUGAGGAAAGACUGCCAGGACCCUAACCCCAUGGUCCGCAGCCUGGCCCUCAGGAACAUGACCAACCUCAGGUUACCCAGUCUGACGGAGUACGUGGAGCAGCCUCUGACAGCAGGACUGAGGGACCGGGCAGCUUGUGUCCGGAGGGUGGCGGUGCUGGGCUGGGCCAAAAUACACAACCUCCAGCCCAACUCUGAGAUCGAUGGCGGCGUGGUGAACGAGCUGUACAGCCUGCUGAGGGACCCGGACCCCGUGGUGAUGGUCAACUGCCUCCGAGCUCUGGAGGAGAUCCUGAAGGAGGAAGGAGGAGUCGCUAUUAAUAAACCCAUAACCCAUCACCUCCUCAACAGGCUGAAGGAGUGUGAUGUGUGGGGUCAGUGUGAGGUCCUGAGGGUCCUCCAGAGAUACCGUCCCCAGGCGGAGGACGAGCUCUUUGACAUCCUGUCUCUGCUGGACGCCUCCCUGGUCAGCCCCCACCCCCCCGUCAUGGCCGCCACCCUCAGCCUCUUCCUCAGCCUCGCCGCUCCACUUCCUGCCGUCGGCCUGGCGGCGCUGGAGCGAGUCAGAGCGCCGCUAGUGACCGCCGCCGGGAGCGUUUCCAUGGAGACGAGGUUCACCGCCCUCUGCCACAUACAGCUGCUGCUGCGUUCUCUCCCCGGCCUGAUGGGGGCGCACUACAAACGUUUCUUCUGUGGUUACGCUGAGCCGGCCUUCAUCAAGCAGAGGAAGAUGCAGGUGCUGGUGGAGCUGGUGAAUGAUGAGAACGUAUCAAUGAUCCUGGAUGAGCUGAAGGGAUACUGUACUGAUGUCAACACUGACACCGCACACGCUGCAAUCUCUGCUAUAGGUCGGAUUGGACGGAGCUACAGCGACAGAUGUCUGGAGAUCCUGACCAGCCUCCUCCGACUCAAACAGGAACACAUCACCUCUGCUGUGGUGCAGACCCUGAGUGACCUGGUGUGGGUGUGUCCUCGUGUCAGUGACUCGGUGUGUUCGUCUCUUGAAGGCUGUGAGGAAACGCUGCAGGACAGUCAGGGCAGGCAGGCCCUGCUGUGGCUGCUGGCGGUGUAUGGGGACCGGGUCUCCAGCGCCCCCUACAGCCUGGAGGCCUUCAUCGACGGGGGGAGGGGCUCCUCUCUGUCUCUGGGGGAGAAGAUGGAGCUGCUGACCUCCACCAUGAAGAUGUUCCUGUCCAGACCUGCUGAGACCCAGGACAUGCUGGGCAGGCUGCUGCACUACUGCAUAGAGGAGGAGACAGACAUGUGUGUGCGUGACCAGGCCCUCCUCUACUACCGCCUGUUGCAUUGUGGGAUAGAAGAGACUGGGAGGGUCCUCCAGGGUCGGAGGUCAGACCCCUCUCUGGGUGUUCUGAUUGGCCGGCCUGCUGAACCCAUCAGCCAAUGGGCAUGCAGCUUUAACACCCUGGAGCCUCUGAGGCAGGUCACCAUGGAGACGGAGUCGGCCAGCAGAGGGAGCCCUGAACAUGUGACCUUUGACCCCAAGCCUCACUCCGACCUCUCAGACUCUCUGACCUGCAGCCAGACGGAGGCGCUUCACUCAGCCUCCUCUCCUGUCCUCAGUCUGUCUCUGUCUCCGUCUCUCAGCCCUGAGGAGUUUGAGCGUCUCUGGUUGGACCAGCAGGUUUCUCCAGCUGAGAGAGGUCCUGAAGAGGCGGAGCAGCAGUUUGUGGUCUGUGAGCAACACCUCCAGGUCCCUGCUGUCCCUCUGUGUUCUCCACAGAGCCUCCAGGCGGCCAUGCAGCUGGUCAACAUCCAGACGCUGGCCUUCACACCUCCACACACACUCCCCUGGAGGGUCUACCUGUACACACACACACACCACACACACUCACCACACACACACACACAACACACACACUCCGGACACACACACACUCACCACACACACUCCGGACACACACACACUCACCACACACACUCCGGACACACAGCCAGCAGCACGCUGAUCGUUGGAGAGCUGCUCUACACCGGAGAGACGGACCAGAGGGGAGGAAGGAAAGGACUGGACGGAGGAGAGGAGGGGGAGAGGAGGGAGGAAGAGGAGGGAGAGGAGGAAGAGGAGGAAGAGGAGGCCACUCCCAACGGGCUGAGAGGGAGAGAAGAAGAAGUCAAAGUGACUCUGAAGCAAAAACCAGGAGAUGAUGAAGCUCUGAAGGGGUUUCUGUCCAUCCUCACCACGGUGCUGCACACACUCUCCUCAGAGACAAUAUAACACACACACACACACACACACACACACACACACAUAAAAACACAUCAUUACAUAUCUACACUGCAAAAAGGUGUUUAGUCUAAAAACCAGAUCAAACAGAUAAUUUACCUUGACAAGAUUUAUUAAAUUAAGAUUAUUAAAUUUAGAAAUAAGCAUGUUGAACACUUAAAAUAAUAAAUUAACUCUUAAAAUAAGAUGAAUUAUCUAACACUUCUAAAUCUAAAGUCUAAUUUAUCUGGUUUUAAGACUUAAUUUUUUCCCUGUUUUUCUGACUUUUUUCUAUUUUUCAUGUUUUUUCCCCCUGUUUUUCUGACUAAUUUUUUCUGACUUUUUUUUCUGUUUUUCGUGGUAUUUUGUCCCUGUUUUUCUGAGUAUUUUUUUCUGCUUUUCUGACUUUUUUUCCUGUUUUUCUGACUUUUUUUUCUGUUUUUCUGACAUUUUUUUUCUGUUUUUCUGACAUUUUUUUUCUGUUUUUCUGACUAAUUUUCCCCCUGUUUUUAUUAAAUCUAGAAAUAAGCAUGUUGAACACUUAAAAUAAUAAAUUAACUCUUAAAACCAGAUAAAUUAUCUAACACUUCUAAAUCUAAAGUCUAAUUUAUCUGGUUUUAAGAGUUAAUUUAUUAUUUUAAGGACAAUUUUUCCCUGUUUUUCUGACUUUUUUCUAUUUUUCGUGUUUUUUCCCCGUUUUUCUGACUAAUUUUUUCUGAGUAUUUUUUUCUGCUUUUCUGACAUUUUUUUCUGUUUUUCUGACUAAUUUUUCCCCUGUUUUUAUUAAAUCUAGAAAUAAGCAUGUUGAACAUUUAAAAUAAUAAAUGAACUCUUAAAACAAGAUAAAUGGGCCAGUUCAUCACUGCUGGCAGCUUUACUUUAUCUGGUUUUAAGAGAGUUUUAAUUUCUUAUUUUAAGUGUUCAACGUGCUUAUUUCUAGAUUUAAUAAUCUUAAUUUAAUAAAUCUUGUCAAGGUAAAUGAUCUGUCCAUGCAGCAGCAGAUUUACUGUUUGAUCUGGUUUUAAUCACCUUUUAUCAGUGUACGGUGGCCCUGAAGGCUCACAGCGCUGCACCUGAAGAAAACACAUAAAAACACACAAAACACAGAAAACUGAGAAAACAUCUUCAUCAGUCUGACAACAACUAGAGAACAGAGACCAGAACACAACACAAGUGUUUCCAGAGGACACUAAAAAGUGACGCACACGUAUGGACACGCUCGUGAUAUUAAGUUAUUUCAAGAUAAUUAUAAUUUGACGUUCCUUUUGUUGUGUUGUCUUCUGUUUGCAGCUCUUUUGAUGGAAGGGUUUUUGUCCUUGAAAUGGAAUAAUUGAUUAAUAGUUGAGUUUAAUAUUUGAACUAUUACCAGAUGUGGCCUUUACCUGGAAUAUAGAUUUGAUUUGACAGAUUUCUGUGUAUGUACAACACAUGACUCAAAUAAAACAUUUGGAAAAACAUUUCGCAAUAUUAUGAAGUUUGACCAGUUUUAUAUGCCAGCAGACAGUGGUAAGUACAUUUACUCAAGUACUGGAC